ACUAUGAAGUGCCCGUACGCGUAUCAACGCAACGGGUCGACUGUGUUGGCCGAAUGGCUGGUGAUCCGUUACAGGGCGUUGCCUUUCAGUCUGUGGACGAUCACGACGAGAAGGCGUUGACUGAGGAGCAACAGGCACAACUCAACAAGACGAAGAUUAGGACUGCCAUUGCAAAUGAAAGAUAUCUUAGGGAACAUCCAGAAGUGAACAUUGUACUGUCGGGCUUUAUACGAGAGGUACUGUUGCAAAGACCAGAAAACAUCAGAGAAUUUGGUGCAGAUUAUUUCACACGACUCGACUUAGCCAGAAAAGUCAACAAGGAGAAACAAGAAAUACAGGAGCAAUUCAGAACAAAGAAAGACAGCAAGAUCGAGCAGAUAUAAGCAUCAUCCGUGAAGGAAAAUGCAGUGAAGAGGCACCCGACUAUAAUGUCUGCACAAUGACAAUAGACAUCGCCGUUUGAAAAUAGACUUUGUGUACAGCCUAUACCAUUGUUAUCAAUUAAUCAUUACAAAAAGAAAUCAUCUCUACUAGUGU